AAAAAUAUAUUUAUGUAUGUUUGUCUCUCCUCUAAACUAUUCUUCUCUCACCUUUUCUCUCGGAGCUAGUUCCUCCUUCCAUUUCUUUUCACAUGUCCAAAAUUCAACUUGUUGUUUUCAUGGGCGUUCUUACUUCUCCGGCUCUGAAAAUUCUUACCUCCCCGAGUCUGAAAAUGGUCAUUUGUGUGGAAGUCAUGGUUCAUUUAAUAGAAAUAUCAAUUAUAUCAAUAGUUUAUCGCUUAACUUCCAAGAACAGACUGAAAGGUGGAUCUGAUCACUUCUGUAGUAGGUACGGGGUUUUGGUCAUAAUUCAGCAUGUUGUCUUAUCUCUAGUUUCAAAUAACACGUAUUUCUGCUCCUAGUUUUGGCAAUUAGGUUAAUCUUUCUAGCCAAUGAUAUGACUUCUCUAGAUUGACAUGAGAUUUCAACUGCAUCUUCACUGAAAAUAAGAUUGAAAUUUAGGAGCUUUUUAUUUCCAGAUCUAUCAAAUCAAGGUUGUCAUGGUAUCUUUUUCCCCAAUUUUGAAGGAAUUGAAUUCUUUAGAUUGGCGAUGGGAUUUCAAUCAUGUUCCGUUCUAUCAAAUCAAGAGUUCUAUCAAUUUUUAGAUUACGUAGGAACUCGCAAGCAAUCUUUCUCCAAAACCAUCUUUGAAGAGUGUGAGUGCAUUAAUAGGAGUGGAGGGGUAGGUAGUAAUUCUACCAUUUCUCAGUUGAUCAACGCUCAAAACAGUGUCACUGAACAAAUAAGGAAGCUGAAGGCUCGGAAUGCCAUUCUCGAAGGUCAGUUCAGUCAUACCCAGGAGACAGCUGGUUCCAGUAAUGCCCAAAACACAGAGGUUGCCUGCCUGACAAAGAAAAAUGCUGCUCUCAGGAGACAAGUUGAAGACCUGAAGGAAAGGUUGCUAACCGAGCAAGGGUCUGCAAAUGCUCGUAUGAACAAUCUUCUUAGAACCUUUGUCUCUUCCUCUGCCUCUAGGGCUCUCCCUUCCGGUGCUCCUUAAUAGUUGUCAUGUUUCCAGUGUCAAGUUCCUAGUGUUCGUCUUCCGUUUUUCAUCUUAAUGAUGUUUAUGACUGGUACCUUUUGUUGUUUUUAUUGUGGAUGUUUUGGUAACAAUGGAACUGUUCCCUGCUUAAUUUUCAAAAAAUUAAUGAAAGCUUCAUCCUUUUACUUUGUA